AUGGGAGCAGUUCAUUUCUACCUGCAGAUCUUUCGGAACGAGCUGGGAAGGAAAAAGGCCCGGCGGGAUGCUGGAGGACGAGUCCUAGGCCCGGAGCUCCAGCCCCGAACGGGGGCGACCGAGGGUCCGAACCGCGCCAGGCCGCGCGCCGGAGGCCCGGCCAGCGUCGGCGGUGCCGACCAGCCACGCUCCCCUCACGACUCUCCCUACCCGAGGCGGAAGGGCCGUGAGGGGCCGGGGCCGCGGCCGCCGCCAGCAUCCGGGGCGGGGGCUCUCACUCACCGGCGGGGAGGGGAGGAGCAGCCGGCGUCUCCGCCAGUGCCGUGGCUCGAGCUCAAGCGCCGGCUCCUGCCGCUGCGGCCGCCGCGCCCGGUCCAUCCCCCCCCAACCACCCCCCCUCCCGGCCCUCCCCCCGCGCCGCCGCAGCCGCCGCUACCGCCGCUGCAGCCGCCACUGCCGCUUCAGCCCCGGCGCGGGAGCGCGAACCGGCGCGAGGGGGCGAGAGCGCGCGCGCCCGCCGCCACCGCCCACAACCUCCGCCCCCAGCCGGCGGCGCACGCAGGAGGCGACGGCGGGCGCGCGCACGCUUCAGGGGGCGGGGACGGCCUCGGAAGGCGUAGCCCCGCCCACCCACGCGGUGGCUGGGCUGCUGAGAAGAAUCGCCCGUUGUAG